AUGGGGCAGGGCUUCUCCGUGACAACGCCUGCGGCCGGCGCGGCGGGAAUCGAGGUCCCAGAACUGGCGGAUCUUGUCUACGAGAAGACGCUUGGGUCCGCACGGUUCAUGAAGACUAUCCGCGCCCGGCAUCAUGACGGCGUCGUUCUGGUCAAGGUGUUUAUCAAGCCCUACACGCCCAUGUCGCUGAGCCGCUUCAGGCAAGAGAUAAUCCGUGAGCGCAAGCUUCUCGCCGACAUCCCGAAUGCGCUCGGAUACCAAAGAGUCGUCGAGACCGAGACCAACGGCUAUCUUGUCCGCCAAUACCUCUACAACUCUCUGUACGAUCGCUUGAGCACGAGGCCCUUCCUCGAAGACAUAGAAAAGAAAUGGAUAUCUUUCCAGCUUCUCUGCGCUCUGCGCGACUGCCAUGCGAGGGACAUAUACCACGGUGACAUCAAGGCCGAGAACACGCUGGUGACCUCUUGGAACUGGCUGUACCUCACCGAUUUCUCCUCCUCUUUCAAGCCGGUGACGCUCCCCGACGACAACCCGACCGAUUUCUCCUACUUUUUCGACACAUCUAGCCGGCGAACGUGCUAUAUCGCCCCGGAGCGAUUCGUGCCGCCAGGCGGAAAUGCGAACACCAAUGCCAGCUUGACCUGGGCCAUGGACAUAUUCAGUGCCGGGUGUGUGAUCGCAGAGUUGUUUCUCGAGUCGCCCAUAUUCAGCCUCAGCCAGCUGUACAAAUACCGCAAGGGCGAAUACGACCCCGGCAUCUCACAUCUGAGUCGCAUUCCGGACAAGGACAUACGUGAGCUGGUGGCGUCCAUGAUCCAGCUGGAUCCGCAGCAGAGGUAUUCUGCCGAACAGUAUCUGGAGUUCUGGCGCAAGAAAGCCUUCCCUGAUUACUUCUACACGUUCCUACACCAGUACAUGGAGGUGAUUACGGAUCCUUCCUCUGGACAGUAUCCCGUCUCGGGCGCAACGAGGAACCUAGGCGAGGCAGAUGAGCGCAUCGAUCGAGUUUUCUAUGAUUUCGAUAAGAUUUCGUACUUUCUGGGAUACGAAAACGACUCCCGAGGAACAGAAUCGGUCCAGCUGUUGCCACGACUUGGACUGGGACAUUUCCCCGUGCGGCUCAACAUCCCGAACAACGAAUAUGCCGUUUCUGGCGAUGUUCAACCGGCUUCUGACGAUGGGACCUUGAUCUUCCUGACCCUCGUUGUAUCAUCAUUGCGGAACACAGCGCGAGCGGCGUCCAAAGUUCGAGCCUGUGAUGUUCUCCUGGCAUUUGCGGAGCGGCUGACGGACGAGGCAAAGCUCGAUCGAGUCCUCCCAUACCUCAUCUCACUACUUACUGAUAAGGCCGAUAUCGUCGCGAUCACCUCAACAAGGACGAUCACACAACUUCUGGCUCUUGUGAAGUCAGUGAACCCUGUCAAUGCACACGUUUUCCUCGAAUACAUACUGCCGCGCAUGCAGAUAACGCUCUACGGGACUAGUACUCUCCCCAGUCCGCUGGUGAGAGCGACAUAUGCAUCUUGCAUUGGCAGUCUGGCGACAACGGCCAAACGAUUUUUACAGAUGUCGUCAACACUCAAGGCUGCGGGGACGAUAGCAGCUGCCGAUCCAGACGUUGAAUCGGGAAGCCAACCCGAUGCGAAUUUCGACGGCUUAUUUGAUGAAGCUCAACAAGAGCUGAUCGAUCUGUUCGAGUCGCACACCAAGAGCCUCAUCGAGGAUGCUGAUCCCCACGUUCGCCGGGCAUUCCUAAGCUCUGUUCCUGAACUGUGUCUGUUUUUUGGGACCGCGGAAUCCAACGACAUUAUCCUCACCCACCUCAACACGUAUCUCAACGACCGCGACUGGAUCCUGAAAUGCGCGUUCUUUGAGACAAUCGUUGGAAUUGCUGCGUUUAUGGGCAGCGUCAGCCUUGAGGAGUUCAUUUUGCCCCUCAUGAUCCAGGCCCUUACCGACACGGAAGAACACGUAGUCCAAGGCGCUUUGCACUCGUUGGCAGAACUUGCCGGCCUUGGGCUGUUGUCAAAGCCGCGGCUGUGGGAGCUCACUGAUGUUGUCGCUCGAUUUUCGAUGCAUCCGAAUAUCUGGAUCCGAGAAUCAGCGGCCAACUUCAUCCCUGCCGCCGCGAAACACCUGCCCCCAGCAGAUAUAAAAUGCACCCUGCAGCCACUCGUGUCUCCUUUCUUGAAGACUAUGGUCAUGCCGAACAAUUUUACUGAGUUGGCAUUGCUUGAUGCGCUGAAGAAGCCUCUGUCUCGGUCUGUGUUUGACCAAGCUCUACUGUGGGCGGUGCAAUCCGAUAGAGGUCUUUUUUGGAAGACGAUGCGCAACUUGCGCAGGCUAUCUUUCGGUACCUCAGCUGCCGCAAUUUCGAAUCGAGCAUCCAAAGAGCUGCAUCCGAAAAGCCUCAGCAAGGUCGCGAAGAACGAGGAGGACGAACAGUGGCUUGGUAGACUUCGAAAUUUGGGUCUAUCGCCGAAUGACGAGUUCAAACUGCUGGCCCUCCGCGAGUUUAUUUGGCGCCUUAGCCAGAUCAAAGCAAGGGAUUCGUCUGCGAACAUGAUGAUAACCGAGCUGAACGACAUCAUAAACCUGCGCACUCUAGGCGUCACUGUACAGACUGUCAUGUUCGACGAGGAAGCCCCCAAGAAACAAAUGGGCGGUGGCGACGUGGACGUGGACGCGAACGCACCGAGGACGAUUACCGACGCACUGAUGGACGCAUCUAUGAGCAUCGAUGAUCCAAUAGGGAAGCGAAAGCGCGCUGCCAUCAAUACGCACCGGGUCAGGCUGAGUAGCCAGAUGAACCUCUCUCCUGGCCCAGAUGGCCGCCAGCCCCUUGAAGGUGGGCCUCCCUCCCCAAACGGCGAAUCAUCCAGAGACCAAAAUCGAGCUACUUCUUUCCGUCCAAUCGAUGGAGCUGAAGAGACCACAGGGGCCGCCAAAAGGACGCUGCGGCAUACUUCAAGCGCGAUCAACCUGCUCAAUAGAAAGGACAGAAGGGACAGCACCAAGGCCACAGCAGAGACCGGCAUGACUGACGCGAACGCCACCGGGCGCGUGGAAGGUCUUUUCUCACCCGCCACACCUUCCAAGCUGUCCAUCGGAGAUGGCGAGGACAAUUCUCGAACCCACCUGCAUUUCAGUCACAACUACCCUGGCAACGAUCCUCAUGUUCUGAAAAUGCUGGACUCUAUGUACGUGGACAAUUAUCCGCACGAUAUUGCAGAGUUCGGACCUCUGGUCACGCCGAUCAACCGCCGAAAGGUCAGCAAAAACGCGAACGGACAAUUUUCUGAGGGCUGGAAACCGACGGGCAAGAUGAUGGCGACCUUUUCCGAGCAUGUUGGAGCCGUUAACCGUGUUGUGGCUUCCCCUGACCACGUCUUCUUCGUCACGGGCGGAGACGAUGGUGCUGUGAAGGUGUGGGACACUGCGAGACUGGAGCGCAACAUUGCUCACAAAUCGAGGCAGACACAUCGGCAUGCGCCAGGAGCAAAGGUGCUGGCCCUGUGCUUUAUCGAGAACACGCAUUGCUUCAUCAGCUGCGCCAGCGACGGGAGCGUCCACGUGGUCAAGGUCGAAACCGCCUAUGCCGGUACCGCAACGCGAUACGGCAAGUUGAGGCUUCUGAGGGAGUACCAGUUGCCGGAUGACGAGUUUGCUGUCUGGUGCGAGCAUUUUAAGCAGGAGACCAGUAGUGUGAUGGUCAUAGCCACGAACCGGUCACGCGUUCUUGGAAUCGACCUGAGAACCAUGUCUCUCCUAUAUGUCCUCGAGAACCCGGUCCAUCAUGGCACGCCCACGUGCUUCUGCAUCGAUAGGAAAAAGAACUGGCUUUGUCUCGGUACCUCACACGGCGUUCUGGAUCUUUGGGAUCUCCGCUUCAAAAUGCGGCUCAAGGGCUGGGGCGUACCAGGAAAAUCUGCCAUUUAUCGCCUCAGCAUACAUCCUAUCAAGGGUCGCGGUAAGUGGGUAUGCGUCUCGGGCGGCACUGGCCAAGGCGAAGUAACUGUCUGGGACCUGGAGAAGACCCUCUGCCGAGAAAUCUACCGCGUCGGUGGGAACAAAGAGGGGCCUAAGGGCUACGAUGCCUGGGAGGUGGACGAGGACAGGCCGGAGGGGAUGCUGGGUCGUUUCGCGACGAACAUCGAGCCAAGCGCCACGGGCAACGCGGACAGGGGAGUGAGGGCCAUGGUCGUGGGGAGCGGGUCCCUCGAGGGCGGCGAGCAGCGCGACGUGAGGCACGCGUUCCUGCUCACAGGCGGCUCGGACAAGAAGCUCCGCUACUGGGACCUGACGAGGAUCGAGAACUCAACCGUGUUCAGCGGGCUGCAGGUGGACGAGGGCAACCCGACCUACUCGGCGAGCCACCCCACCACGGCCAUGACGCUCAACACGGAGAGGCUGCCCCGUGGCCAGGGAAGCGGCGCGUCUGCGAACAACGCCGAGGACAGGCGGGGCCGCCGGGCCCACGGGGCCGACCGGGGGGCCAGCAGCAGGCCGACGAGGUCGACCGUCAUCUCGGUGCAGCAGCAGCAGUUGCUGAAGGCGCACCUGGACUCCAUACUGGACCUCGCGCUGCUGGAGAGCCCGUAUACGAUGACUGUGUCUGUUGACCGGUCGGGGGUGGUAAACGAGAGCAUGGGUGAUGACGCCGAAGCCACGACGGCUUGCCGUCGAUGUCGCGAACAGAAGCUCAGAUGCUCUCGGGAGCUCCCUAGGUGUGCGAGAUGUAUCCGUCUCGACGCCCAGUGUGGCUAUCCCCCUCCGCCGGACCGCAAGCAACUGGCUGCCGCCCGCGUGACGAAGCGUAAGCGCGCCACGGAGCAUGAGCAGCAUCCCGAUGACUCCACCCGUGAACCCGGUGGUCAUUCCAGCCCUCGCCCGGACGCGGUACACCGUAGAUCUGCUGUUCAGCUGCCUCCUCGUGGUGUUCAGCGAGAUCUGCUAGAUGUGUACUUCUCUUACACUUUCAACUCGACGCUUAUGUUUGACCGAACGUCUGUCAUCCGCGACUGGACAGAGGACCGACUUUCGGAACCGGUGUUGCUGGCGACAUGUGCCAUGGCUACAGCGUUUCUGCAUCCUUCCUCCACCUUGCUCCAGCAGAAUGGGGUACUGCUGGAAGAAUUAGGCGACGAUCCCAGAUCCGUAGGCCGGCAAUGGGCUCUUCAAGCCGGCGAUCAGAGCCUCCCAAAAGCCGACCAGCCAACCCUGGAGGUUAUCCAAGUGUGUCAGGUGCUCGGCUUCUUCUGGUUUGCUGUUGGAGAAGCGCAGAGGCACUCUAUGUUCACAGGCAUCGCGUGGAGAGCUGUAAGGACUCUGCUUGACGAGCAGGAAGCCUCUCGAUCAACGGACGGCGCGGCCGACCAAGCAGAGACAGAGACUCUAUGUAGAUGUUUCUGGGCCGGUUGGAUCACCAAUUGUAUCAAUGCUGACAAUUAUGUCGUCGGCUCAUCCUUGGGCGUCCGGAGGAUCAAGGUACCGUUGCCACUCGCAGAGGGAGCGCCUGUUGAUACCAGGCGCCGAGCACGAGCUACGCUGGCCGGCGUCGAGGACCUGGCCCCUGAUGUCGGAGGGGCAAACCAGUCUCGGCAGGUCAAUCUUAUUCUCGAGAGCAUAAGAGCAGUAUUUCGAUGGACCAAAGUUUGUGAUUACCUCGAGGCCAGGAAAAGCUUGGCCGUGAACGAAGCCAUGGCACAGCUAUUCGCUCUCGAUCAGCAACUCACAGAAUGGUAUUCAGACUUGCCUGCGUCAAUGACUUACACCAGAGAAAACUUGCACGAAUUCUGUAACCCGAAACAGGAUCCAUGGUUUGUCGCUAUGCAUACGAUAUAUCAUCAGAGCAAGAUCGUUCUCCACUCGACCAUGGUUCCUCAUUUCAGCGGAAUUCCGCCACAGCACGCUGUCCCUCGCGCCGCCGUCAGAACUAGCGCACGAACAGCGCUUGAAGGCGCGAAACUCAUGAGCGAGAUGGCUGCAGAUCUGAGCACUCUGAACAUCGAUGCCGCCCGGCUGGCCCCGUUCACAGGGUAUUGUAUGUAUGUGUCGGCGUCUAUUCUGAUCGCCUUCAUCUCUUCGAAAGAUGAAGCAUUGGCGGCGACAGCAAGGUCUGGUCUGGUGUCGGUAUUGAAGAUCCUUGAACAGAUGAAACUGUGCUGGAAGCACCUUGACAAGCUGUGGGCAAGAAUAAUCCUUCUGUAUCAAACGCAAUUACGGCAUAUGAAAGCCUCUGCGCCAACAGCGGCUACUAAUGCAAGCAACGGAAAUACCAUCAGGAGAGAUGACGGAGGCCUGUCAGAGCCAUUGCAAGACUCGGUACUUCUCUAUAGUCUCAACGGACUGCGCAGGACUGUCCGCACCGAGGGAGCGUCACCUUCGAUGUCGGACCUUCAGAGCUCAAUAAUGCAGAGCACGAACGACAACACUCCUCACAGCCACCUGCCAUCUCCGCAGUCCUUCCCGCCGUCCGAAACUGUACAGCCGCAGCUGGCAGCAUCCCAGGCAGCAGACUUCGGUUUCCCCAAUGACCUGGGAGGUGACUUUCUCAGCGCUGAGGGUUUCGACUUCUCGAAUCUGGGUCCAUCGGUUUUCGCGAACACGCACUAG